UGUUGAUGUGGUAUGCUUUGUCUUGAACCACACAACGUUCGGACAAUCUCUUAUAUAGGUAGCAGCUGGAGCAGCCCUGUGAAAUAGUCAUGACGCCUAAACAUGAAAAGCCAACCGCCAUUGAAAGAAAUGAUGGCAGUGAUGUUGACAACGAAGAGGGCAGUGCAACUGAGAAUGAAGAAAAUGUCAAAGGAACGGAUAAAGGGGGAAAGAGAGCAACACCAAGAACCAGAAGGGGACAUGCCAGAGGGAGAACCAGGCGUGGUUGUGAGGAGGAUGAUGAUGAUGAAGAUGGGACAAGGAGAGCUGGGCAUCGCAGGCACAGAAACCAUAGAGGACGGGGACGAGGAGCUGGAAAUGAGGGCAGUGAUUCUGAUGGGGACCCUGCAAAAACCAGGAAGAACCAGGCAAAUCAGAAAUCCAAGGAAGAUGGUGAAGAAGAAGAUGAUGAGAAAGGGGGUAAAAGUGGAAAAGGCAAAAAUGAGAAGAAACAGGACAAAAAGCCUGAUAAGAAAGGGAAAAAAGAGAAGGCCAACAAGAAGAAAAAAGACAAAAAGAAAUCAGGAUCUGGCUCUGAUUCUGACUCUGAGGAGGAGCCAAUUACAGAGGAGGAAUUGGCCAAGCUGAAAGAAGAGGUAGAAGAAAAAAAGAAACUAAUCGCCACACUACGAAACAAGCCAUGGAAGAUGAAAAAGAAGUUGUCUGUCCUGAAGGAAGCGCAGCUUUUUGUGGAAAAGUUUGAAGGUGCUCUUGGAAAAGGAAAAGGAAAAAAAUUCUAUGCAUACAAAGUAAUGAUGACCAAGAAAUGGAUGAAAUUUCAAAGAGAUUUUGAGAAUUUUAAGACAGCCUGCAUACCCUGGGAAAUGAAAAUUAAGGAGAUUGAAAGUCACUUUGGCUCAUCAGUAGCAUCUUAUUUCAUAUUCUUACGCUGGAUGUAUGGAAUAAAUAUGAUUCUCUUUGGACUGACCUUUGGACUUGUAAUGGUGCCUGAGGCUUUGAUGGGGAAGCCAUAUGGUUCUUUACCUAGAAAAACUGUCCCAAGAGCUGAAGAAGCAAGUGCUAUGAACUUUGCUACUCUCUGGGAUUUUAGUGGCUUUGCACAGUAUUCUGUACUCUUUUAUGGCUAUUACAAUAACCAGAGGACAAUUGGAUGGCUCAAGUUCAGGAUGCCUCUUUCGUAUUUCCUUGUUGGUGUUGGAACUAUUGGCUACAGCUUUAUGAUUGUCAUUCGAACAAUGGCAAGGAAUGCAAAUGAAGACGGUGGUGGGGAUGAUACCAGUUUUAAUUUCAGCUGGAAAAUGUUCACAAGCUGGGACUACCUGAUUGGCAAUCCUGAGACAGCAGAUAAUAAGUUUGCCUCCAUCACAACAAGCUUUAAGGAAGCUAUUGUAGAAGAGCAGGAGAGCCGAAAAGAGGAAAAUAUUCACUUGACUCGAUUCCUGAGGGUUCUUGCUAACUUCUUGGCCCUAUGCACCCUUGCUGGGAGUGGAUACCUCAUCUUUUUUGUUGUCAGAAGAUCUCAGAAAUUUGCCCUGGAAGGUCUGGAGAACUACGGGUGGUGGGAAAGAAAUGAAGUGAACAUGGUUAUGUCACUUUUAGGAAUGUUCUGUCCAACUUUAUUUGAUGUAAUCAGUUCUCUGGAAAACUACCACCCUCGAAUAGCUCUAAGAUGGCAGCUGGGACGAAUCUUUGCUCUUUUUCUUGGCAAUCUCUACACUUUCAUUAUCGCCCUAAUGGAUGAAAUCAAUCUCAAGUUGGAAGAAGAAAAGAUAGUCAAGUAUAACAUGUCAAUAUGGGAAGCUAGUCUAUACAAUGGUACUAUUCCAGAAAAUUCGACUGCUCCUCCAAUUGAGGUGGACCCUGCAGAUGUCCCCAGAGGACCAUGCUGGGAAACUAUGGUAGGACAGGAAUUUGUGCGGCUGACAGUCUCUGACACAAUGACAACAUACAUCACAAUUCUGAUUGGUGAUUUCUUGAGAGCUGUCUUCGUUAGGUUUUUCAAUUACUGCUGGUGCUGGGACUUAGAGUAUGGAUUUCCAUCAUAUUCUGAGUUUGAUAUAAGUGGAAAUGUGCUGGGACUGAUCUUUAACCAAGGCAUGAUCUGGAUGGGAUCUUUUUAUGCUCCAUGUCUCCCAGCAAUCAAUGUGUUCCGUCUCCACACUUCGAUGUACUUACAGUGCUGGGCAGUCAUGUGCUGCAACGUUCCCCAAGAGAGGGUCUUCAAGGCUUCCAGAUCCAAUAACUUCUACAUGGCCAUGCUGCUUUUCAUCCUCUUUCUCUCCACACUGCCUGCGGUGUACACCAUUGUCUCCAUCCCCCCAUCUUUUGACUGUGGUCCUUUCAGUGGGAAAACUAGAAUGUUUGAAGUCAUAUCAGAAACUCUGGAGCAUGACUUCCCUUCUUGGUUUGGAAAGGUAUUUGGUUAUGCCUCUAACCCUGGACUCAUCCUACCUUUUAUAUUGCUGAUGGUCUUGAGUAUUUAUUAUCUCAAUGCUACAUCCAAAUCCUACAAGGAAGCUAACCUGGAACUUAAAAAGAAGCUACAAAGUCAAGCAGAAGAAAACAAAAGAAGAAAUAAACAAAAGGCACAAAAAUCAAAUGAACAAGAGGAAAAUCCAUUUGAGACAGAACCUCCACAGACAAAGCAAAAAGGCAAGCAAGACGAAUCCACUCCAAACCAAGACAACAAGAAAGGACAGGGUGACAAUGAAGCGAAGAAGACGGACCAACCACAAGAAGCCAGCUCCUCUCAGGCAUUCCAGCAUCCAGGCCCUGCCCCGAAUGGCCACUAUGCCCUGCAAACCAGAGGAGGAAACCUUCCUCCUCCAUCCAUAGCUGUGACAAGGCCACCAGGGCCCAGGGGGUAUGGAAUGCUGGGCUAUCCACCUGGAAACCCACGCUUCCCAGGGGCCCAGCCAGGAAUGCCCAGGGGCCCUCCCAACUACAGAUAAGGACUCUCAAGCACAUUGUGAUAUGCUGGGUGUUGAAGGACAGAAGAGUGGUCCUAAACCCAGUCACACUCAUGCAAGCGCAGAACUCCUCUGUUUGUUGUAAAUCUCCACGUGCAUAGACGUUACCCAUGUGCUUCAGUUUUUGCAGGAUGGGAGGCUUCAGAAGAAAACAUUGCAUAAGUAUUCUUGCAUUAGAAGGCACUGUAAAAUUGCAUUAUUUGUGUCAGUAGGUUACUAAGGGAUAUUUAUUGGAAGAUGUUUAUUAGAAGACUGAGAAACAUUUUGUAUUUAGUUGCUUAUUUUCUUAAAAGCCUGACAGUGCAUUCCUAACAUCUUUUCCUUUUUCUCAGAACUAUAGUUCACUGAAAACAGUUUUGUACAAAGGGUAUGAGAGUCAGUUAAACACUGCAUAUAGCUUGUCUUCUGCAGGUCAGAUAUGCUUACCCAAAGAUUUCAGAUUGUACAUGAGAAAACUAGGAUCCUUUCAAAAGCUGGAUGAUUACCUCUAAAGUCUUUGGGAAAGUAUUAAAAAGGUAAAAAUACCCCAAUAUUAUGCCUGUUGUUACGAAGAAAAUUUAACUCCUAUUAUAGUACUACUUUUGGCUAAUACUAGUUUUAUCACAAAGACUAAAAAUAAAUUUUAAAAAGCAAAGUGGUGAAGAAAUAUCGCCUGUGCAGAGAAACAUAUUUGAGGAAUAGAGGUAAGAGAGUUAUGCAAUAAUUUUCUCCAAAUACUCAUCAGGAUUGUUUUAUGGCAGAGAGACAUUUAUUAUAUGUGCUGUAUAACCUACUCUGUGGAUUUAUCAUUUUAUACUUGUAUUGAUCACUGUAGAGUUCAGGGUGGAAUAGGUCCUUAGUCUGUUAGGUCUUGUGGAAACGCAGGAUAGAAGGAAGACCGUAUGUGAGCUAAUGUUACUUAUUCAAACCAAGACAGUUUUAUUUUUUAUUUUCUAUAUUUCCCUGUCCAGAAUUUGGGCCUUGUUAAUUAUUUUAAGACUCAGAAGAUUAGUAACAACAAAAUUAAGCAACUGACUUUCUUCUAAAAAAAUAAAUGUAAUUCCAUUGGGGGCUUUCUGUAUAAUAGAGGUCAAUUUUGUACAGUAGAAAAACUUCAUAUCUCAAUAUAAAAUGUCCAUGAUAUCACAGAACAACCUUCAUAUAAUUGUGGCACGUAUUGAAAAAGGUUUACAAAAAAACCCAGAAUAGACUAUGUAUCCCCAUAAAACACAAUGAUCCAGAUGCAAUUUCCAGCUCAAGCAGUCUUUAAAGCAAUGGCCAGAAACUCUGAGGAUAAACCAAGGGAAAGUUCACUUUAUAUUUGACCUGACUCUUGUACUGUUCCCAUAAGCAUCUGCUCUCAGCUGGAAAUAAGAUAUUAGAACAAUAAGAUUAGUGGAGACCAGCAUGGCUCAUAUUCUGCACGUAAACGCUAAACACUGAUAACCAAAUAAAGAGAUAAGUGUAUUGCAGUAACUACAAGGGAAGGUCUUUUCUAGCAAACAUACUGGGAAUAUGUUGUUAAUAAGGAAGAGGACAAGUAAGUUUAGACUGGAUCCCAAGACAUGUCUGCAUCUAGGGUACAGUACCUCUUGUAUUUUAGAUUGGAGAAAGUGCAGUUAAAUGAAGUGUAAGUUGUUUCAUCUUUCUCAGAUAAGAUUUCUAAUAUAUGGGCUUCAGACGUGGAAAAAGUACAGUAAUUCAAACCAUUAAUUUGAAAUCUUAUUGAUUAAUUUUUAAACUGCAUACAUUUUUAGCCCAGAAACUUAUAAGAUUGUCACUAGUCUGAAGUUAAACAUGGGCCCAAGUCUCUAGUGUUUCCAUGCUUUUAAGGCAAACUUUUUCCUACAAGCUGGGAUUGAUACAUCCUGAGACACUGAUUUGCAUAAUGGUCUUAGCUCAUUGUUUGUUAACAUUUCAUAAUACAAAAACACUGGAUGUUCCUGAGAAAAAGAAAUAUUUUUUUUAUAGCACAAGUGAAGAAACUGAUUUUAAAGAUGCUUUAUGGCUUUGUGAUCUGCCUGAAUUUUACAAGUGGUGUUGGAAUAAAUUGGAGUUGUAAACUGGUUUUGAUGCAAUCUGGUUCCCUGAAAUGUAGAGGGAGGUUUUUUGCUACAUACACAGAACUUAAUAACAGUUCCUUACGCUGUUAGGAGUGAAAAUAUUACGUCAGUAAUAAAGGUUUUCUCACAUUAACAGGCUUAGUAUUUCAUUCUGUGGGAUUGCUUUACAUCAUGAAUGGGAGAGACACAGCAAAGAAUCCACCAUCUGAGAUUAUUCUGAGGAACUUUGUUAGACUUGUAUGCUGUAUUGAUUUUUCAACAAUAAAUAUGUUCUCAGAAUGUACCUGUAUAUGCAGUGAUGAGCAUGUAAUAGACAAUGUGAAUAACAAUAACAAAAAUAGAUGUUGCUUGCGCCACAUAAUCAGCAUAAGACUGCUGUGACUGAAAAUUAAAUAUUUAUUCUUAAUCAUUGGUACUCCUAAGUAAAGGUCUUUUAACACUGCGCCAUGAAGCUCUGCUUUUGAUGCUUCC